GUUAAUAAUAAAUCUCCUAGACACUUUGAGUAUUUUAAAAAAAGUCCCAUAUUCUCGAAUACAAAAUCGUCAGAAAAUGGUCUAAAACAAUCAAUAAAAGAAGAAAUAAAUGACAUACUCGAUGAGUAUAAUAAUUAUAUCCUAAGUAAGCGUGAAUUAGAAUCAAAUCUAUCAAACAUUCUAGAAAAUCAAAUUAUGCGAGGAGGAGAUGUUAAUAGUAUUAGAGAACAAUUAUAUCAAAUAUUACCAGAUGAUAAUUUAUCGAGAAAAGACAUUGAUAAUAUUUCUGACAGACUGAUUAAUCUUGCUAACGAACUAACAUUAAGUUCUAAAAGUUAUGAUUUUACUCUGCCUUUAUCGAGAGUUGGUCAAGAAUCGUUGACGCCAACAGAAAUUAGUCGUAUGCAAAAAGAAAUAUAUCCAAAUAAUACUAAGAGACAUAUUUUUGAUUUUGUCGAAGAGACAGCCGGUAUCAAUAAUAAUAGUCAACAAGCCAGAAACACAAACAAUACUACAACAGAACCAGUUAUUAAAAAUAUCAGUGACAUAUCCGAUCCAGAAAGAACACCAGAAAAAACAGAUAAUACAUUAAAGAAUGAUGGGUCUGAAUGUCUAGAAAGUGUACCGGAAAUAUCGAGAGCGCACCAAGCAGAACAAGUUACUCAACUUACAAAUCGCUUACAGAGUAUUAAAACAUCUACACCGCAGCAAUCUAUGAGCAUAGAAAGAUCAUUAAAUCCAAAACAAGACAUUUUUAAACUUAGUUUUUCUUCCAUUAACAACGAUGAUCAGGAAAAUAAGUUUUUACUAACAAAAUCACAAGUGGAAAAGCAGUAUAUGUCUGACCUCGUCAAUGUUAUAAACAAAUGGAUCCGUAAACUUCCAAUCAGUUUAAAUAAUAACAAGGUAUUUUGGGAAACAAUGAUGAAAGAUUUAGCUGGCGAUAUAAUUGAUAAACAAAAAUAUUUACAACUUAAUCCAGAAGCAAAAAUUUCUGAUGAUGUAGAACUGGAACACCUUAAGUAUCAAGUAUUUAGAUGGUUAAAUAAAAUACUAGAUGUUAAUAACUUAUCAGAUAUUAUAAGGAAAACUGGCAGUCUUAUGAGCCUUAUAAAUAAUAUUCCUGUACCUCAACUAGCUAAACCAAUCGGAAAACGGCAAGAAACAAAAUUAACACAGGGAUUAAUGCCAAAUUAUUUGGAUGCUCUUCAAGAUGAGAUUUCCUUGUGGUUUGGAGAUAUGUCGUCUAAUUUAUAUACGCUUACUGAUAGUAGACAACACCAGGAAUUGAUAAAAGAAUUAGCUGAAAAAUUAAAACAAGUUUUUAGCCAAGGAUAUAAUGAAAGUUACAUGGAUAAUGAAAUUUCUAAAUGGCUAAGCAAAGUAACACGAAAUAGAGUCGAUAAAGAAAACUUGAGUAAAGUUGCGCAAUUAUUAAAAAAUAAAUUGAAAAACAAAGGAUUUACAGAUGAAUCUAGUUGGAUAAUGAAACAAGAUAGUAGCCAAUUUGUUGAAGAAAAUUUACUCAGUGGUAUCUUCGACUGGUUAAAGGGUCAAUCACUGUAUCAGAAUAGGAACUCGCAAGAAAAACGCAUUCAAGAAAAUUUAGCUUCUACACUUGCUAAGGAAUUAAAAAAUGCUCUUGAAUGUGUUUAUGUACUAAAAGCAGAUAUUAAUACAGAUGAAGUACUUACUAAAGUAAUAAUGAAACAUUUACAGACAUUUCCUAUGGAGCCGGAGCAUAAAACAAAUAAAAAUUAUAUUCGUAACACAGCGGAACAACUUUUACGCUAUUUGAAAGAUCUCAAGUUAUUUCGUAAUAUUUCAGAUAAGGAUGUACGAUCCCCUGAUAAUACAUUAUUGAGCAGUGACGAAAACUUGAUUGGUUCUCUUCCAUUGAAUAAUCUAGACACAUCCACAAAUAAGUCAGAGUUUGAUAGGUGGAAAAAAGAAUUAAUGACACGUUUAAAACCGUUAUGGCAACAAUAUAGUAAAAAUGAUGCCAUUAUUAAGGAAGAAAUUAAAAAGAAUGUAGCUAAGUUUCCAAUAGAUACAACAGUAGAAAAAAAUCCAAAAUUUAUAUCUGAUAAAGGAGGACAGCUUCUGAAGCAAUUGGAAACCGCACCAUCAAGUAGUACUGAAUUAUCUUCAAUAAGUAAAGUUGAUAGUAGUGCAAGUAAUAAAGUUUCUCAUAAAAAAUCAGCUGAUUAUUUAUAUGACAGUAUAGAAAACUGGUGUGAAAAGCUACAAAUUAAUGGCAAUACACCGGAAAAUAUAGAAAGGAUUAAAACAUUAAAGCCAUAUAUUGCUAGUAAAUUAAUUAAUAAAAUAGGUGAAUUGAAUUUAAAUCCUGAAAUAUUUAAUGACGAUGUGCUUUAUGAAGAUAUGCUUCAGGAUGAAAUAGAUAAUCUACUUUGUACUUUACCACCAAGUCACGAGUUAGAGAAUAACAAACCAGAAAUUAAAAGAAGUUUAUUGGUAAAAAUAAAAGAAAUUCAGAAGAUAAUUCGAGAUAAGUUAGCAGGACAAGCUUAUAAACGACAACUUCAUGAUACUAUAUUGAGGACGUUACCAUCUACAGAAAAUCUUUCGUCGGAGGAGCAGGCCUCUUUCGAAACAUUAAAAGAGAGUCUUGCAGAUGCUUACAUCAACUUACGUUAUGCUACAAAUAACGAGAAACUAAAAAAUCUGUUUAAAAAUAAAAUAGCUAAUGAGAUACAUAGAUUUUGUGAUGAUUACUUGAAACGACACCCGGCAACUCCGAUUGACUCAAAAAAAUUGAACCAAGAACUGUUUGAAGCCUUGCAUAAAGUGCCAAUCCCUAAAGAUGAAAUUAUGAAAUCUGAAGUAGAGCAAGUUAAAAUCAAGGAUGAAGUUAAUAAUUGGGUUAAAAACUUACCUUUAUUAGAAGUUUCCGGACCAAAACUAUUACUUAAAAGUAAAAUUGUUAAUUUUUUAACAAAAUGUCUACAUGAUAUCGAAAAAGAGAAAGAGAUACAUCCAGAUAUAGACUAUGAUGAUAAAAUGCAGAAAGAAAUAAAAAAAUGGUUAAUUAAAUUACCUUUAAGUUCCGAUAAAGAAGACGAAAUUGAAGAUAUGAUCAAGAAAUUCAUGACAAGAUUAAAAAAUACAAAACAUUCGAGAAAACUUAGUGUAUCUUUAACCGAGCAGUCAAUAGAUGACGACCUUAAAGAGCCUACAAUAGAUUCAUAUGACAAAACAUCAGAUAAAUCCCCAGAAACAACUAACAAUGGCAGUUACUUGUCUCGUUAUGCUCAUGAUUUUCCAUCUACCACUCUAAGUACAGAAGACAAAGCCCAUAUGCAUAUAAUAAGAGAAAGAAAUCUACCUUCAUCAGGCAGACAUAUACCUUCAAGGUUUGGACCUUCAGCAAACAAUAGUAAUAGAGAUGCAAAUAGAGCUGGUAGUCCUUUGUCUGUAGAUGUUGCGAGUCAAACAGAACUAAGACCUAAUGGUACUGAAUUAUACAAUUCCAAGAAAAUCCAGUACAGUAGUCCUAAAAUCUCUAAUGGCUCACCGCAAACAAUGACUACCUCAUCUAAAGUACCCAGUAUGAAAUCGGUUGGCAGUCAAGUUGAAAUUUCGCCCCAAAUAAUUGUGAAAGAAUAUUUUUGGGAUACCACAUCGACAACACAAGGAUCGGGGUACAAAUUUCCGCAAAUGUCAUUUUCAGAACUGCCUUGUAGUUUUACCCAAAACAGUGGUUUAUCAUGUACAUCUGCUUCACAGAGGCCUCAUGAAAUGUCAUGGUCUGCGGGCCAAAACCAAUCCCUAUCCCCAGGACCUUGUAUUUUAUUACCGCCAUCUUGCAUAACACAACAACCUUCACCAAAAGCACCUUGCGUGUCCACACAGCAGCAAACUUGUUCAUACCAGUCCCAACAGGUGCCCUUAUCAUUUCAAGAAACACCACCUCACCUAACUGAUGUGUCUAUCGACCCUACACCCAAACGAGUUUGUAUGAGGAAAGAUCUAAGUGAGCCCUUUCGUCAACCGAAUUUAAAAUCAACUGAUGCUUCACGUAAUUUAUCAUCAACCGAACGUCCUGAAGUUGGGACUAGCAGAUCUUUUCAGAAAAAAAAUAUGGCUCAUCAUGGCUCAUUUGAAAACGCCCAGCAUUCAAAAGAAUGUAGAAGUCAAGCUAGUAAAGCGAAAAGAUCUAAAAAUGUUCCUGAUGAUGAAGACUUCGAUUGCUCUAUGCGUUUUGCUGACAUUGUGGAGUUCUGGGAUAGUUCGUCUAGACGUAAGAUUUAUCAAAUACCUUCUGAAGAUAUAGUCGAACCUUUUAUAAGAAAGACCAUAAGAAAAGAGGAAAAGGUCAGGUGUCGUUGUCAAGAGCGUAUUUUAACAAAACCUGUGAGUAGAAAAUCUAAACGGGAGCCUUGCCAGUCCUAUGAAAAUUUGUGGCGCUGCUCCAAAUGUCGUGGCAUUCACUGUCCAAAUCCAAGUAGAUUUUAUUUCAAAUAAUAUUGUUUGUUGUUCACAUGUGUACGUUAAUAAAAUGGAAUUGUUAUUAGAUUAUGU